AUGCCCAAUUUAACCCUGGUGACGUCGUGCUUCUUUGGAAACCAGCACGAGCACAUCAACGAAGCCUGGGAGAACUCGCGGUUGCCGAAGGAAUGGAAGGACGCAGAGGUCCGCUUCGUUCCAAAGACUGGCAAGGCCCUCACGAUAGACAACAUGCGGCCAAUCUCCCUCACGUCCUGCGUGGGGAAGGUGAUGGAGCGCAUGGUCCUUCGCCGGCUGCAGAAGCACCUCGAAGAAACGAAUCAGAUGCCGGAGACGAUGUACGGCUUCAGGCAACAUCUCAGCACCCAAGACGUGAUGAUCCAACUCCACGAACUGCUCGUCAAGCAGAAAUCGGAGCUGCUCAUGAUCCAACCGGGAAAACCAAAGAAGGAGGUGCCGCCGAACGUGAUCAUCACCAUCGACGGAACGGCCAUCAAGCCAACACAGCAGAUUAGGAUUCUUGGCCUAUUGCUUCAAAGCGACGGGAAGGCACACGCCGCCGUCAAAAAGAUCAAAACUGCAACCGAACAG